UACACGGCUACACACGCACACGCGCGCGACGGCCAUGGCGACCGAGCUGCUGUCGCCGCUCCUCCCGCAGCGUCGACGGGGCCUCGCUGUCGCCGUGGCGGUGCCCCUGCUCGCGCUCCUCCUCGUCGUUGUCAUCUUCUUCCACGCACCGCUUCCGACGACGGUGAGCUCUCCGGAGCGCGUCGACCUGACCCUGGUCGCCGGCGCACGGGAGAAGGGCGCGGUGUGCUUGGAUGGGAGCCCGCCUGGUUACCACCUGCGGAGAGGCUUCAGCUCCGGAUCUCACAACUGGCUCAUCUAUCUUGAGGGAGGAGCUUGGUGCAACACCGCAAAAAGUUGCUUUGCACGCACAGUGAGCAGCUUUGGUUCAUCCAAGUUUAUGAGAGCAGUAAAGUUCAGUGGGAUACUCGGCAAUGAUCCCCUAGAAAAUCCUGAUUUCUACGACUGGAAUAUAGUUGUUGUAAGGUACUGUGACGGUGCAUCAUUUGCUGGGGAUGCGGAGGGUGAAGAUCCGGAUGGAACCAAACUUUUCUUCAGAGGAUUGCGUAUCUGGGAAGCAGUUGUUGAUGAACUAAUGGGAAAAGGAAUGGACACUGCUAAACAGACCUUGCUUACAGGCUGUUCUGCUGGUUCUCUAGCUGCAUUGCUGCACUGUGAUAAUUUUCGUCGACGGUUUCCUCAAGAGGUUUCAGUUAAAUGCCUUUCUGAUGCUGGAUUUUUUAUCGACGUGAAAGAUUUAUCUGGAGAAAGAUCCAUAUGGUCGCUCUUCAAUGAAGUAGUUCACCUUCAUAAUGUUAGAGAAGUUCUACCCAAGGACUGCCUCCAAAAUAAGGAUCCAACAGAGUGUUUCUUUGCUUCUGAACUGAUUAAGAGCAUCAGCACCCCCACAUUUAUUCUGAACUCAGCUUACGAUUCUUGGCAGAUACAAAAUGUUCUCGCACCAGAUGGAUCCUAUCCUGGACAGGCAUGGUCGAGUUGCAAAACAGAUAUUCGGAACUGCAGUUCCACACAAAUUGAUGUGCUGCAUGGAUUCAGGAAGAAAUUAGUCAGUAAAUUGAAGGUUGCUGAAGAUAAGAGGAACUGGGGGCUGUUCAUCGAUUCAUGCUUCACACACUGUCAAACGCCAUUCAACAUCUCAUGGCAUUCGCCGAUCUCACCAAGACUUGAUGACAGGACUAUCGCAGAGGCUGUUGGGGAUUGGUAUUUUGGUAGAAGGCAAGAUGUAAAACUAAUCGACUGCGAGUAUCCAUGUAAUCCCACAUGCAGCAGUCGUCUAUCAACUGCUUGAUUCACUCAGGACCGCGCUGAUAUCACCACUUUUUCCUCAUUUUUCGCAGUUUUUUUACCUCAAGUACAAGUUUGUUUUGAUGUGGAUUCAAUAAUUUUUUUUAUAAGACCUGCAUUAAGCUGAACACGACUUUGAAGUACUAGAAGUCGUACUUCCAUCAGACUCAUAAGUCAGAACGGAUGUGCACCGAAACUUUCAGGAACUUUGCCUUGUAACUUCCACAUUCAAAGGCCUCCAACUGCGUCCAGACUCCGGGGAUUCAAAAUUUUGUUUCUGAGAAAUACAAUCAGCGAAUGUUCUGAA